AUGGGUUCGUCGCAGGAUGAUCGGAAGCUCGAGAGCGGAACCGCUGCCAAUGCUCCUCAAAGCAAUGUGCUUCAUCCCGCGUUCUACAUCAUAUUGUGGAUUGGGCUGAGUUCGAGCGUCAUCCUGUUUAAUAAAUGGGUUCUUGCGAGUGCCAAAUUCGAUUUCCGUGACGCUGUUCUUGACAACAUGGCACAUGGCUUUCGCAACGGAAUGACCCAGGUUCUUGCCCAUUUCACUUCCACGCUGGACUCGCGACACAAGAUCCCUAUGACACCAAUUAAGUACAUGAAAGCAAUUGUACCAAUUGGUCUCAUGUUCAGUUUGAGUCUGAUUUGUGGCAACCUUGCCUACCUCUAUCUGAGUGUAUCAUUCAUUCAGAUGCUCAAGGCUACCAAUGCUGUCGCCACUCUUCUAGCAACAUGGGCAUUCGGCAUUGCACCGCCCAAUCUGCGCACCCUCGGCAACGUCUUCUUAAUUGUUGUGGGUGUUGUGAUCGCUUCCUUUGGUGAGAUCAAGUUCGAUGUUUUCGGGUUUCUCAUCCAAAUCGGUGGAAUCAUCUUCGAGGCCCUACGUCUAGUCAUGGUCCAGCGUCUUCUCAGCUCUGCCGAAUUUAAAAUGGACCCAUUGGUAUCAGUGUACUACUUCGCGCCUGCAUGCGCCGUAGCCAAUGGUCUAGUCAUGUACUUCAUGGAGCUCCCUCGACUAACCAUGGGUGAUAUAAAUUCCCUCGGCGUUGUCACUCUCAUCGCAAACGCCCUGGUAGCUUUCCUUCUCAACGUAGCCGUUGUACUCUUGAUCGGCAAAACCUCCGCCGUCGUCCUUACAAUGGCAGGUAUCCUCAAGGAUAUCCUUCUCGUAGUAGCAUCCAUGGUCAUAUUCCUGGACCCCGUCACUAUGCAACAAUUCUUCGGGUACUCGAUUGCUCUGGCUGGAUUGGUGUACUACAAGCUGGGUGCGGAGAAAAUAAAGUCGCUGACGACGGAUGUGCGGUUGCAGAUGGUUGAUUAUCAACGGAAUAACCCGGUCAAGAGCAAGUUGGUUGUUUUGGCCGCUGUUGCGUGUGCUGGUCUCUUGGUUUUGUGUGCUGCGAGCCCUGGGGGUAUUUCUGGGUUUGGUGCUAUCAGUACUACUGCAUAG